CAUUCCGUUGGCCUCCGAGGCCGCUGCUUGUUUGGAGCCGGCCGGAUUAUCUUGCCUUUCCCAUCGCAGCUAGUUAGUCUCGAGUUAGUCGGUCGGUGCACGAGCAGGCAACAGAAACGGAGCGCACUGUUUUCUCAGGUGCGACACGACACAAGGGCAUUCUUCUGCUCGCGGCUCACCCGCGGACUGGGCGCGCGAUGCCGACAAAACUGUUGGCCAAAGAAAAUUCAAACGCGGUUUGACACCCUUAUACUGCAACAGGUGCAUUUGCCUCAUCAACCUGGACGAUGGGGUCUUUGCAAGGAGGAUGACCUGCUCCAAAGCGGUGGUGCCAGGAUGAGCGAUGCCCCAGAGGCUUGGCCGGCAGCUCACCAGCCGGCAAUUAGCUGGAGCGGAUCCUCCUCGACCGCAGCAGCCCCUCUUCCAGCAGCCGUCGCAGCUUCCGCAGCCGCCCGCCAGCAUCAGGAACCCUUGGGCCGGCGGUGCAGACUCGGACCACGGCACCUCGUCCUCAGCCUCCGUGCCUCCACCGCGGCCACAGCGACAAAUCCGCACCCGCUCCAAUUCGAUCGGCAGCACAGCCUCGUCGAGAACCGCCUCGCGAAACCUUGGAGCCCCAGGUUGCUGCUCCCCAGGGGCGCAGCUCGUGUGCCACUAUUGUCUACGGGCAGCCCUUCUUUGCUGCCUGCUGUGCGGCGGCGCCCUUGCCGUGGCCGGCGCCAUCCUCCAGCGCCAUGACCACGAGGACCUGGGAGUGCUGCUGUACAUUGGGGUGCUGGCCGCGCUCGUCUCGCUCGUCCUGCUCAUUGUCCAGUGGCGCUCGCACCGGCCGCCGCGCCUACGGCCCCGCGGCCCCCAAGUGCCCAUCGAGGAGGCCGUCCCUUUGCAGGAGUUGCGGCAGCAGCAGAUCGUUUACAUGCCUCAUCAGCAGACCAGCGUCGCCGGUCACGCACCCUGGCAGGGCAUUAACCCCUACCAAUAUCAGCAUGGCCUCUCCAUACCUCAGCAAAGUGCCAGGUCUGAGGACAUGCUGUCAAUGGCAGGAGAAUCAUCACGGAUGGCUGGCCGAGCAAACAGGCCUGCGUCAAUCGCCAUGGUGCCCGCGGCCGCCAGAUUAGAAAACCCGGCGCAUCCACCAAUGUGGUGGCGACCGCACCAACAGCCUCGUCCUCCAGUGCCCACCAAACCUAUUUACCAAAUGAAUCAGAACCCCUCUUGACCACGCGCUAUUGUGGCCCAUAUGUUGACUUGACUGAGUGUAAAUAUUAAUUAUAUCGAUUGUACUACAUGUUGUAAAAUUUGUAAAUAUUUUACUAUAUUGCUACUUUUAUUUGUGUAAAAGCUAAAGUGAAAUUAAAAAUUAUGAAAGUCUAUAAACAAACUUUUUUGUACAUAUGGUGUGUAUAUUUUCUGAGAAUUAUGAAAUGCACAUUUAGGACAGAGUUUUACAAGGAGAUAAAUA